AUGGCACCAAACAAAACUCCUGCGAAGAAUCCGCCGAAAGGCAAAGCAAACGAAACACCGAAUGCGGGAAACGAUGGCCAGAAGAUGGCCGAAGAAUCAGAAGAUCAGAAGAAGUCGAGCGAUGAAAAGGCACCCGUGAAGGGAGGAGAGAGCGCUUACGGAAAGGUCAAGGCUUCGGGUAAGAAAGAGGAGAAGAAGAAAGCACUUCCGGCCGCCAAUUAUAACGCCUCGGGUCUCGUCGCCAAAGAGUCCAAAGAGUUUCAAUUGGUUCGAGAAUAUCUCGGAAGUAAGAACUAUCAACUCAUCGAAUCCAUCGGUUCCGGAAACUACGCGGAGGUCUACAAGGCUUAUAUGGCCGACCGGAACCGUUAUGUGGCCGUCAAAGUGAUCGACUUAACCAAAACCAAUGACAACUAUCGGAUCGGAUUCCUGCCGCGAGAGAUAGAAAUCCUUCGGACUCUCAAACAUCCGAGUAUUAUAAAGACAUAUGAAGUCUCGCAGACAGUGAACCGAAUCUUCAUGAUAAUGGAGUUCUGUCAGUUCGGAACUGUCACCGAUUGGUUACGAGAUAAGGGAGGGUUCACUGAACCCAACGCCUGGGAAAUGAUCAAAAAGGUUGUGGAAGGACUGAAUCACAUGCACUCCGCCCAUAAGAUAGCGCACAGGGAUCUCAAGCUCGAGAAUAUUCUCAUCUCCGACAAUUUCACUGAACCCAACGCCUGGGAAAUGAUCAAAAAGGUUGUGGAAGGACUGAAUCACAUGCACUCCGCCCAUAAGAUAGCGCACAGGGAUCUCAAGCUCGAGAAUAUUCUCAUCUCCGACAGUAAGAGUCCAAAAAUCAGUGAUUUUAGUUAUUCAGUGGUUGUGGACGAGAAGGAGAGGCAGUCGACAACAUUUUGCGGAUCCAUUCCCUACUUCGGGCCCGAAAUACUGCAGCGAAAGCCACACAAUCCGUUCGUAUCUGAUAUGUGGAGUCUUGGCGUCUGUUUCUAUAUUAUGGUUAACGACGGACUGCCCUUCAAAAUAGAUGAUGAAAAGGAAAUGCUUAGAAAACAGUUGGCCGGCGAAUGGGAUUUCAAGAAACGGGUCGUCGAUAAGCUCUCCAAUGAACUCAAAGCUAUGAUCCGCAAAAUGAUUGAACCGGACGUCACCAAAAGGGCCACAAUUGUGGCCAUAAUGAAUGAUCCGGUAAAGCAAGUUUUGGCCCGAAACCCCAAUUGCAUCUACGCUUAUAUUUCCAUAUACAUCGGGAAUAAUGACCCGAAACCCGUAGACCGGAACUCGAGACCACUAAUUAAGACCGCUUAUGUUGAAGAGUUAUGCCAAUGCCUUCAUAUGAGAUCCUAUGAGGCCUUAAUCAUUAAUAUCGCGUACUUAUGCGGCAAUGCUAGAAGCAUACGAAUGUUAUACGUUUUGAGUCUCGAGCAAGGGAGCUUUCCGACUACUUUUAAGAUUACCGGCUGGUCAGUGCUGAGUCUUACCGUCUAUCACAGUCCGCAGUCCCGGCGACUGACUUGA